AUACUCACGCACGCGCAUCAGCUUCGCCGUUUCACUCACACGAGUCCUGUCUUGGGUAACAGCAAGCUCACCUACCUGUCACCUGGCUACUACAGUCGUUACUCUUCCUCGGGCUGCCACUCGAGAUCAGGUGCAGACUCCAUCCAGAUCAGGCGAUGUAUGUAUCGAUGAUGCUGAUAUUCCUCUUGCUGGGCAUGGCGGUGGCGGACAGCAAUGAAGAUGACACCGGUUGUACUCCACUCGGACGUCACUGCAUUGCGACCGCUACCUGUGACAAUGGCACGUGCGUCUGUCCGGCUCACCAGCACGGGGAUGGAACCUUCGUAUGCAUAGACCGAGACCGAGCCCUGUGCACGGUAGAUGCCGAUCCUCAUCUCCUGACCUACAGCGGCGAGGACGUCGACGUCAGCCUGCCGUGCACGUACCUGGUGGCGCACUUUGACAUCGGCCUUGACCCCCCUGCUCGUAAUGCCACGCACCUCAACAUCAAAGUUUAUGCGCAGAAUGUCUUAACGAACGAAGGCUUCUUCUUCGUGGAUAAACUCAAGGUCAGGGUCACGUUGAAGCACUUGCCGACAAAAGGUGAGGCUGAGCUGGUGGAGGAGACACACAAGAUCAUAGUCAGCGGUCGCGACAUCCUGCAGGUGAUAUCAGGUGCUAAAACCAACCCUUGGAAAUUUCCAAGCUCUACCAUCUUCAGAGACUUGAACUUCGUCUUUGACUGGGAUGAGCAAAACCAAUUCGCCAUUUUGUCUUUGCCUCGGGGAGGGCCGACCAUCAAAUUCCGGGCCUACGACCGCGAGCACCAGCCGCAGAUUCUGAAGCCUGGGAUCAUCAUCGAAUCUUCCAAAACCUCAGAUAUAUACAACGCAGACAUGGGGGUCUGUUUAUCACCCCGGAGGCCUGGCUUACUGCAACAUUUAGCAAACAAUCUGCACUUGAAGUCACCAUCACUGAUGUUUAUAUAUAAAGUUCUUACCGAUAACGAUGCUCCUGAAACCUGGAACAACCGCCGAAGGCGAUGCAAAGCCGCGAGACGUCUGAUCGCGUCCUGCAACACCAGCGCCAUCGUGGCCAUCAACACGUGCGGCCCGAUGCUGCAGCAGACGUCACUCAUACGGGCACUUGCAGAACUGGAGGUCAGGGUCAUGAGAGCAUUUCUGAACUGCCUCGCCUGGGUGUGCGGCAAGGAGGUCAAGUCUUGCCGGUGGAUGACUCAAAUCCUGACCCAGGACAUGAUCCAUCUGCCACGCCGCGCCCGGAUGCUGGCCUGCGCCCUGGGGAAGCUGUAUGCGGCACCACCGGCUUCGAUCAACCGGCACACAGCAAGUACAGACCAUAGAGGACCUCCUGAACCCGGCACGUGGUCACGGAGUCACGUGUCCCCCGAAAAACUGACAACAUUCUACGUGCCAGUCGCAUGAAUACGAUGUACAUCCGGUUUACAACAUUUUGACCCAAAACACCUGACCCAUUGUUAGAAGCUUCUAAAACAGAAAUAAAGUGUUUUAAUAAAAAUUAUUGCUGGU